GAGCCGCGGGGCCGAGGACGAGGGGCGCGCCCGGCCCGGCCCUUCCCUUCCCGCCGCCCAGGGCCCUUCCCGCCCGGAGAGCAGCGGGGCAGGGACCGCAGGAUCAUGGAUUUUCCAGGACACUUUGAGCAAAUCUUUCAGCAGCUGAACUACCAGAGGCUUCAUGGCCAGCUUUGUGACUGUGUCAUUGUGGUGGGAAACAGGCACUUCAAAGCCCACCGCUCGGUUCUGGCAGCAUGUAGCACACACUUCCGAGCCCUCUUCACUGUAGCAGAAGGAGAUCAGACGAUGAACAUGAUCCAGCUGGACAGUGAAGUGGUGACAGCAGAAGCCUUUGCUGCUCUGAUAGACAUGAUGUACACUUCCACACUAAUGCUUGGGGAGAGUAAUGUCAUGGAUGUCUUGCUGGCUGCUUCUCACCUACAUUUGAACUCGGUAGUUAAAGCAUGCAAGCACUACCUUACCACCAGGACACUGCCCAUGUCUCCGCCGAGUGACAGAGUUCAGGAGCAAAACGCACGCAUGCAGAGAUCCUUCAUGCUGCAGCAGCUGGGGCUGAGCAUCGUCAGCUCGGCUUUAAAUUCCACGCCCAGCACAGAGGAGCAGCCCAACCCCAUGAGCUCCUCAAUGAGAGGAAACAUGGAGCAGCGCACGGCUUUCCCCAUCCGCCGCCUCCACAAGCGGAAGCAGGCGUCCGAGGAGCGGGGCCGCCCGCGCGUCCGGCCGCCCCUGGAGGAGGCAGCAUCCGAGGCAGCUACGGAGAGUGGGCAGGCAGGGAUGCACUCACGGGAGGACUUCUUCUCACCUGACUCCCUGAAGAUGGUGGACAAUUCGAAGGCCGAUGCUGUUGCUGAUAACCAGGAGGAUAACACUAUUAUGUUUGAUCAGUCUUUCAGUGCUCAGGAAGAUGCUCAAGUGCCCAGCCAGUCAGACAACAGCGGGGGAAACAUCUCACAGAUGUCCAUGGCGUCCCAGGCAACACAGGUGGAAACCAGCUUUGACCAGGAGCCUGCUUCUGAGAAAAGCAACUUCCCAUGUGAGAAUCCAGAGGUCACUCUGAAUGAAAAAGAGCACAUGAGGGUGGUGGUGAAGUCUGAGCCCCUGAGUUCCCCGGAGCCUCAGGACGAGGUGAGUGAUGUGACUUCGCAGGCAGAGGGCAGCGAGUCUGUGGAAGUGGAGGGAGGGGUGGUGAGUGCAGAGAAGAUAGAACUGAGCCCCGAGAGCAGUGACCGCAGCUUUUCCGACCCACAGUCCAGCACUGAUCGGGUGGGAGACAUCCAUAUUAUGGAGGUGUCAAAUAACCUGGAACACAAGUCUACAUUCAGUAUCUCAAAUUUUCUAAAUAAAAGCAGAGGUGGUGGCUUCGGUGCUAGUCAGAACAGCGAUGACAACAUUCCAAACACCACCAGUGACUGCAGAAUGGACAGCGAUGCCUCGUACCUGAUGAGUCCAGAGUCAGGGCCUGCUGGAGGCCACUCAUCCGCCACUGUUUCUCAUGUGGAGAACCCAUUCAGUGAGCCUGCAGACUCUCACUUUGUCAGACCGAUGCAGGAGGUGAUGGGUCUCCCUGGUGUGCAGACCUCUGGCUACCGUGCAGCAGAGCAGUUCAGCAUGGAUUUCCCGCGGUCAGGCCUGGGCUUGCACUCCCUGUCCAGGGCCAUGAUUGGCUCAGUCAGAGGUGGAGCAAGCGGCUUCCCUGGCUACCGCCGCAUAGCCCCCAAAAUGCCGGUGGUGACCUCUGUCAGGAGCUCCCAGCUGCAGGAUAACUCCUCCAGUUCCCAGCUGAUGAUGAACGGGACCACGUCCUUUGAGAACGGGCACCCGUCGCAGCCGGGCCCACCGCAGCUGACGCGCGCCUCAGCAGAUGUCCUCUCCAAGUGCAAGAAGGCCUUGUCCGAGCACAAUGUCCUGGUCGUGGAAGGCGCGCGCAAGUACGCCUGCAAGAUCUGCUGCAAGACCUUCCUGACUUUGACAGACUGCAAGAAACACAUCCGUGUGCACACAGGAGAGAAGCCUUAUGCCUGCCUGAAGUGUGGCAAGAGGUUCAGCCAGUCCAGCCACCUCUAUAAACACUCCAAGACCACCUGCCUGCGCUGGCAGAGCAGCAACCUGCCCAGCACGUUGCUCUAACCCUCCUGCGCUCGCCGGGCAGGAGCUGGGGCCCCGCUGCUCUCCAGGCCUUGGGCUCAGAGCUGCUCCUGUGUCGGUGAACACUGAGGUGUGAGCGUGCCACUGGCAGCGGGGGGGUUCUGUCAAUUGGGGAUAUUUCUGUACCUACCUCGCAGGGUCUGGUGAGGCUGCAGCUGCGCAAGGCGCUGGGGAUCUGGCAGCGGCACUGCCACGCGUGGGGAUGGGCUGGGGGGACACACACCCCACAGCUGAGCAGUUCCUUUGCAGAGCAGAGGGGUGAGGGUCACCUGAUGAAGUAGCACGUUUCAAGUUUAACAAACUGAAGUGCAAAUUUCCUCUUUUUUUUUUUUUUCCUAAAGUAUUUUGUAAAAAUGAAAGCAUUUAAAUAAAUGACCUGUAAAACGAGUUGCUGCGUUAUGUGUGGACGGCAGUGCCAGGGCUGCUCAGUGUAGCCAACACAGACAGCAUAUCUUUAACAGAGAAAAAACAACUUUGGAUGUGCCUGUCUCACAUAAUGCUUUAAAAAUAUGCUAAUUAUAAGAAUAGUUCUAGGGUUAUGAAUGUCUGCUUGGCUGUUUUGUAGUAAAGGACACUGUGUAAUGAGGGUGCUUAAAUUAAAUCCAAGACAAGUAACUUCUGGACUGUCAGAUGUAUAUAUACUUUACAGCAAGAUCUGGAUGUCUGACAGAUUUUCUUCCUGUAGAAGCUUGUAUUAAGUGGUAAGUGAAGUACUGUUUCUUGUUCGUGCUAUUCUUAGCAGUAUUUUAACCAAUUUGUAUCUCCUAUGUUAAAAUUCUAUAUACACGGAAGUCUGAAGAGAGCUUGUCUUUGUCUGCAUUGCUAUUUUGAAGGAGAGAGAUAACUUGUGAUGGCUUUUUAUACUGUGUAAGAUAGUCUCUUGCUGUUUCCAGAUGCUGACAGUCAGUCUGAUCCCCGUUAUUGUGUAAGCAUAUUGUCCUUUUCUGACACUCUUAUCUGCAGGCUUUAAUUUCCUCCUCUGUAUACUUACUUUCCUUCAGAACUAUGGAUUGUUCCUCAGAUCAAACCAGUCAGGAAUGAUCCUCGUCUGCCAUAUUUAUUUAAGUCUCUCUCUGUAUCUGUCCUUCCACUUCAAGUAGUGUCAUAAAUGUACUUUUCCACAUGAAUUUUAAAAAAAUCCAGUCUAAAUUUAAUUUUAAAAUAGCACUGUACACUUUGUAUAGUAGAAAUCCAGUGAUCGUUACUCUUCAAGUGACUCGUGUAGAUCUUUUAAUUUCCUCUUCUUUGAUACCAUUGUGACUAUUCCUGUCUGCAGCCUCUUCUUUUCUUUGUUAAAGAUGCACAUGAACUAACCACCAGUGAUCAGCAUAUUAGGUCUCUAAAUAAAAUUUUGGAGCGCUUCUGCUGAUAAAUGCUGCUCUGCCAAAUGGGAGCUGGCUCAGGGCUUCAGCAUGUCCAUUCCGGCCAGGAGAGACCCAGGAUUUGCAUUUCCUGGCAUCAAAGUCACAGAGCAACAGCUUUCCAUUAAUAUUAAAAAAUAAAAAAUAAAAAAAAUAGAAAUUGCACACCUGCCCCUCUAGUUUUAUUCUGUGUAGCAAAUAAUCCCUGUCUGAUGGUACGCAGGAAUUUCAUGGAGUUAGUGCUACCUGGUAGUUGGCCUUCCUAAGCACAAUCUUGGAUGGGAUUUAUUUGAAAAUGAAAUCCCAACCCACAGUCCCGUAGGUCUUUCAGCAGGAUGAACCAUCAGAAGUGCUGAAGCACAGAAACCAAACGGGCAUUGUCACACCAAAGGAAGCAUGGAAAUCUUUCUGUACUCGGCUUUAUGUAAAACAGGAGUCUGCUAAUAAAGAAACGUCUUCAUCUAAUUACACUGCUCCACAAUGAAAGAAAAAGCCAAAUGUCUGUCAGCCUGUCAUUUGCACCUCGAGCACCCAAGGUAGACAGGAACAUGGAAACACAGCAAAUGAUUGGAUUAAUUCCUUUAUAAUGUUAAGAUUUUGUUACAGGAUUUAUUUAAUGAUCAUAUUUCUGGCUCUUGAUUUUAUAAGUAUUAAGGAAAUGUGCUGCAUUUUUUAAAAGCAUUAGGAUGUGCCACGUUUUGUUUGAUAAUAAUUUUGAUACCAGGGGACUAACAGCAUUGAGCUAUACUAAACACUCUCACAGAGACAUCAAUAAAAUGCAGUAUUUUGUACUUUAAUAUUUUCUUGUGUUGCCUUAUUAGUAAUGUUCUGAUUGUUUAAUCCUCCUUCCGUUUCUAGUGUUGUUUUUAAAAUAGGGGGUUUUUUACAUUUUCUCUGUUUCCUAUGGCACAUUAGAAUUCCUUGAAUUCUUAACAAUGCGUAGGAAUAAAGCAUCUAAGUGAGUAAGGAGAUUAGAGGAAUUAAGAACUAAUAUGAGCAGAUAAACAUAUUUAACUGUACUUUUGAUCUGUUUUUAUAAGAAUUUUAAUAUUGUGAAGCAUCAGCCUUUGUGCAGGAGGACUUCUGUCUUCUUCCUUUAAGAAAAAAUUCAAGUUGUAACAUUUUUGGAAGCAGCGGCUUUAAAUUUGGUUGUUCAUUGACAUGUAGUGCAUCUGGAGGAGCACACAGCAAACCCUGGAGCCUCCGGCUGGCUCGUUGCUUUCCUAGUCUUCCAGUAUGAAGCAAUAUCCUAGACUGGUGUCUCUUAAACUGUGAAAUUAGCCUCUCAUCUCGGAGCCUGGUGGCGAUGUCAAAGAGCUCGUUCGACCUUUCACUUUACAAAUGCUUCAGUGAGAUCUCAUGUGAAGAUGUCAGUAUGUUAGAAUUAUGAAACAUCUGAAAAUAAACCCAACAUUUUUGUGCU